CCUUACAAAGAACAUCGUUAGCAAAGGCCACUUUAGUCUUCCUAACUCUGUUUCUUUUACCCUUUACACACAUCUCUCUCUCUCUCUCUCUCUGGAGUGUCUCUCAAAAUGUCCCAAAUGGGAGAACCACAGAUUCUCCAGCGGUGGAAGAACCAUCUACCACACGACAUCGUACUAAACAUCCUGGCUAGACUACCGGUUAAAUCAGUGACAAGAUUCAGGUGCGUUUGCAAAUUCUGGAACUCCUCAAUUACCACUCCUUAUUUCAUCUCCACUCACCUUAAUAACAGCAAAAGUAAUGAUGAUAAUGAUUAUGUCAUACACAUGCCCACGUGGGAAGAUAGAUGCCGCAUAGCAACUUGGGAAGGAAGACCAUUAGCCGAUACGGUCGCUCCUUCUGACACAUUAGUCUGUACGGUUGCUUUGGGUCGCACGUUUGAUAGGAUUUCUGAGGUUAGAAUUCCCUUUGAUUUUGAUUCUGAGUCUGUCCAAAUAGUGGGUUCGUGCAAUGGCUUAUUGUGCUUUGCCACUUCCGGGGGUAAUGUUAUAUAUUUGUGGAACCCCAGCAUUAGAAUGUUCAAGAGAUUGCCUGAUACUAAGCGCUUAGGUAAGUUAGACUCUUUUCAACUCGGAUUUGCCUAUCAUUCCGAGAAUGAUGACUACAAGGUUGUCAGGAUUUCACAUUCACAAUUGCGUAUACAUGAGAUUGUGAGUGAGGUGUACACAUUAAGUUCAGAUUCAUGGAAGAAGGUUGUAAUCUCAUUGACAAUCGGGAUUUUCUUCUGGCAUCAGAAUAAUCAUUUGCCAGCCCCAUUGGUUAGUGGAGCUUUGCACUGGGUGGCAGAAAAUCGCGGGGUUGGUGGUAGAGUGAUUUUGUCUUUUGACGUCAAUAGUGAGACAUUAAGAAAACUAGCACUGCCCAAAUAUUCUACCCAUGCCAGUCCCUGGAUUGGAUUAUUCAAGGGGAAACUGGCUUUAUCUACCUGGGAGUAUAAUUAUGGAAAUUCUGACUUCCAGUACUGCAUAUGGAUGAUGAAGGAGUAUGGUGUGGUUGAGUCUUGGAAUAAGCUUUUUGUUAUUGGAUCUUUUAAACAGAACAUUCAUUGGAGUGCCUUAACCAAGGAUGGUUCACUUAUACUCUGCUUCGUCAAUCAUCGAGUAGAGAGGACGGGAUUUGAGUUUGUAUUAAUUGACACUGAUACUCUGCAUGAGAAGAAGGAUCCUGAUAUCACAUAUCCUUCAUAUGUAGCUACUUUCAAGGAGAGCCUUCUUUUACUAGAUGGAGCAAAUGUGGUUUCCUACUAAAAAGAUGGUGCUGUGCAUGUAAGAAUGAAGUCAUUAGUAAAUAAUUGGCAGGGAGGUGCAAAAAGGAAGAAUGAGAUGGCUUCGGGCUGGCAUUCUGGGUUGAAAGGUGAAUUGCUGCCUAUAUAUUUAGGUUGUAUUAUCAAUAAGGUUCUUGAAUAAAUAUCGGGCAGUGUGGAAGGCUGUUAACAAGUAAAUGGUCGAAUUUUUGGGAUGCAAAUGUAGCUUCUUUGCCUACAUCUUAUUUAAGAUUCUUGUGUAC